UGUCUGCAAGGCAUCAUGGCUGGCAUUCUGUUUGAAGACAUCUUUGAUGUAAAGGAUAUUGACCCUGAAGGAAGAAAAUUUGAUCGAGUUUCCAGGCUGCAUUGUGAAAGUGAAUCUUUUAAGAUGGACCUUAUCCUUGAUGUGAACAUUCAGAUAUAUCCUGUGGAUCUUGGUGAUAAAUUUCGCUUGGUUAUUGCCAAUACACUAUAUGAGGAUGGCACAUUGGAUGAUGGAGAGUACAACCCCAAUGAUGACCGCCCUUCCAGAGCCGACCAGUUUGAAUAUGUCAUGUAUGGGAAAGUUUACAGGAUAGAAGGAGAUGAAACAUCCACAGAAGCUGCUACUCGCCUGUCUGCAUACGUAUCGUAUGGUGGCCUAUUGAUGAGACUACAGGGAGAUGCUAAUAAUCUUCAUGGUUUUGAAGUGGAUUCUCGUAUUUACCUUAUGAUGAAGAAACUUGCCUUCUAA